AUGGAGAGCGUGGAGCAGAGCACACAGAGAAUCCAGGAGUUCCGGCAGCUCACGGCUGACAUGCAGGCGCUGGAGCAGAAGAUUCAGGAUAGCAGCUGCGAGGUGGCAUCAGAGCUCAGGGAGAAUGGGCAGUGCCCGUCUCGGGAGUGCAGGUCUGUGGCUGUGGGUAGUGAUGAGAACAUGAAUGAUGUUGUUGUGUACCACAGAGGCUUCAGGUCCUGCAAGGAUACAGCUGUGGGAACAGUCACCGAGACGAGGAAUUUUGGCAUCAGUGUGACAGAAGCCAUGCUUGGGGUUAUUACUGAAGCCGACAAAGAGAUCGAGCUGCAACAGCAGACCAUAGAGGCCUUAAAGGAGAAGAUCUACCGCCUGGAAGUGCAGCUUAAAGAAACCACCCAUGACCGGGAGAUGACUAAGCUCAAACAAGAACUACAGGCUGCCGGAUCCAGAAAAAAAGUUGACAAGGCCACAAUGGCCCAGCCGCUUGUCUUCAGCAAGUUGGUGGAGGCACUGGUGCCAACCAGAGAACAAAUGGUUGGCAGUCAUGUGGACACAAGGGAUUCAUGCGUUGGGACCUCUGUGCAAACUAGUAGUGUAGGCACCUCCUGCCAUCCUGACCGCAAGAACCAAGUGGUGGGGCCUGAGCUGCCUAUGAAUUGGUGGGUCGUGAAGGAGAGGGUAGCAGUGCAUGACCGCUGUGUAGGGAGGUCUGUUGAGACUUGUGACCGGAGUGUGGGUGUGGAAGUCAGUGUCUGUGAAACAGGCAGCAACACAGAGGCUUCUGGGAGCGACCUGACACUCCUUAAGACAAACUUGAACCUCAAAGACGUGCGGUCCAUUGGCUGUGGAGAUUGUCCCGUUGAUGUGAUUGUCUGCCUUCCCAAGGAGUGCACCUCCCGAAGCACAAACACAGAGGCUGUAGGCCAGGAGGAAGCAGCUGUCAUGGCGGUACCCCAUACCACAGACCAGCACACCAGCACGAAUCUGGAGCGGGUGGACCAGUGCACUAACACGGAGGCAGCCACCCUGGUGGAGUCUUGUACCAACACUCUCCUCAGCACUCUGGACAAGCAGACCAGCACCCAGACUGUGGAGAUGCGAACGGUGGCCAUUGGAGAAGGCCGUGUCAGAGACAUCAACCCCUCCACUAAGACUCGGUCUGUUGGUGUCGGGACAGUGCUGUCUGGCAAUUCUGAGUUUGACAAGCCAUGUGCCGCAAAGACCAAAGAGUCAGGUGUGGGACAGAUAAAUGUUCACGACAACUAUCUAGUCGGUCUCAAAAUGAGGACCAUAGCCUGCGGGCCUCCACAGUUGACUGUGGGACUGAUGGGCAGCAGGAGGAGCGUGGGUGUUGGGAACGAGCCUGUCGCGGAUCUCCUGGAGGAUCCUCCUCAGCCUCAGGCUGCAUCUGGAAUGAUGACUGGCUUGGAUCACUACAUCGAGCGCGUGCAGAAGCUGCUGGCAGAGCAGCAGACAUUGCUGGCUGAGAACUACAGUGAGCUGGCCGAGGCCUUUGGGGAGCCUCAUUCACAGAUCGGCUCCCUCAACUCACAGCUCAUAAGCACCCUGUCGUCCAUCAAUUCCGUCAUGAAGUCUGCAAGCACUGAAGAGCUCAGGAACCCUGACUUCCCGAAAACCAGUCUGGGUAAAAUUACAGAGCAAAGAAUGGUGAGAUGGAGCAAGAAUGUACCCAUUCCCAGGAUAGCAACAUCAGUCUACUCAUGAGGGAAGGUAGAGGAUACGUUUU